AGCUCAGCAGCCAUCUUCGGCACCGUUAACAGUGAUUCUGCCUUUCAUGUCCGGAUGUUUUUCUCUCUCCUGGCCUUAAUUCUCCAUUUCUCCAUCGGUUCGACGUCAUUCUAACAUAGCUGAUAAGUAAAAUCAUGCCAUCAUAGCUGUGGUGACGCGUGGAAAAAGAACAGGGCCUGAUCAUGAGAGACAAAAAGGAGACACCAUGUACCAAAAUCUGUCCAAGUAUGCCUUGCUUUUCCUCUUUCUGUCGCUGUCGGGAUUCAUCUUCCUGUUGCGCAACAUCCACACUCUGGAGAGUUGGAACUGCCACGCAAUCUCAGCCUUUUACCAGUUUCAGACCAGGAUCCACUCGUCUCUCGUGUCAGUGAACCUCCCAACAUACAAUCAGAACCUCACCUUCUGUGCCCAUCUGGGCCAGAAACCAUCUCCUGAGGAUAAACUUGAAGAGCACUACUUGUUGGACUCAAUAGCGUGGCCUGGCCCUCCAGCUCGUUUUGCUCCACUCAGCCUACGCCAGACAAGCGACCCUGUUCACAGCCUCUUCACCAUCCUUCCCAAUAAGGAAAGAAGAGAGUGGCGCAUUGGGGACCAGCUGGAGGCUCUGGUCCAAAUGCAUGACUAUCAGGGUCGUCCUAAGCGUUAUGGCGGGGACUUCCUCCUUGCCAGGCUGCAUUCUCCAGAGCUCGGAGCCGGUGUAGCUGGGACGGUGGUAGACCACAGGAAUGGAAUUUAUUCUGCUCUGUUCCCGCUGCUCUGGGUCGGGGCCGCCCAGGUCGAGAUUACGCUUGUGCACUCCAGCGAGGCAGUCGCUGUGCUGAAACACUUGAGGGAGCAUCGGCCCGAUCGGGUUUUCUUCAAGAGCCUGUUCCGCUUGGGCUUCUUGUCAGAAACGACAGUGUGUAACAUGUGCUUACCCUCCGACCAGCAUCCUCUGUGCAACUAUACAGACCUCUACACGGGCGAACCCUGGUACUGCUACAAGCCCAAGAUGCUCGGCUGUGACACCAGAAUCAACCACGCCAAAGGGGGAUAUUUAAAACACCUCCUGACCAACCAGGAGGCUCUGCUCUUCCAGAGUGGUGUAAACAUCAAAGUUCAAAUACACACCUCAGGAAAAGACAGAAUCAACGUGCUGCCACCUGAAGCAGAUGACGUUGAGAAGGAAAGCAGCUCUGUAAAAACAGACCCGGUUAAGCCCAAGCCUUCUGGAUAUUAUCUAAAAGACUCAUGGAGGCCGUUAGGAGGGACCGUAAUGCGUCACUUCAAUGAAUCGGCGGCAAUCACUCAGUGUUUGAGGAACAGGGUGAUCAACAUGUACGGAGACUCAACUGUUCGACAGUGGUUCGAGUACCUCAUUACUUUGGUCCCAGAAAUGAAGGAGAUAAAUCUACACAGUCCUAAAAAUGUGGGGCCCUUCAUGGCCGUGGACACAACCCAUAACAUUCUGCUAAAGUACCGCUGCCACGGCCCGCCCAUCCGCUUUUCCACUGUCCUGUCCAGCGAGUUGCGCUACAUUUUCAAUGAACUGGACGGCCUUUCCGGAGGCCCCAACACCGUGGUGGUCCUCAGCAUCUGGGCCCACUUCAGCACCUUCCCCGUGGAGGUGUACAUCCGGCGCCUGCGGCACAUUCGGCGAGCGCUGUUGAGAUUGCUGGGCCGGGCGCCGGAGACACUGGUGGUAAUCCGGUCGGCCAACCUCCAAGCCCUGGAUGAGGAGGUGAGCCUGUACAACAGCGACUGGUACUCCCUGCAGCUGGACACGGUGCUUAAGGCCAUGUUCAGAGGCAUGGAUGUUCUCAUGGUGGACGCCUGGGAAAUGAGUUUGGCUCAUCACCUCCCUCACGCCCUCCAUCCUCCUCGGGCCAUCGUGCAGAACAUGAUAGACAUGCUUCUGUCUUACGUCUGCCCAGUGACAAAGUCAAGGACAAAGUAGAAGCUGCGACGUUUGGUGAAAUAAUCUGUUGUCGGAGGGAACGGGAAUCCAUAUGUCAACUAUACGGAUCUGAACAGCUUUUCUUCUGUUCUGCUUCUUAGAGCUACCGUCCCAAAUUUUAUCGUGUUUAGGAACACGAUAUAUUUAUCAUGUUCCUUGCUGUACAUCAUUUAUUCCAGGAAUGCCAAAGACUCUGGCAGAAUCAUUUCUUCAUGCCUCUUUAAUAUGACAGGCUGAGGCAGGAAAAACAUGUCUUAUCUUUUGUAUUCAUCCCUUCAUCACAAACACUAUUCCUCCUGAAUGCUACAAAAGGAAAAUUUGGACAAAAUGUACCUUAGAAUCAAAUAUGAAUUAAUUAUUGUAAAACAUUACAAAUCUGUACCAAUUUAAAUAGUUAAAUGUUUCUGGUUGCCAUGUUUUGACGCAGCCACCUGAGUAAGCACAAAAUUCAUGUUUGAAAUGAUAGUUUAAGAAGACUAUCCACAACAGUGUUGCCUUAUGUGGAAAAGCCUUGCUAGUGUUUUUUGGAGCAUUGUCCUUCUGUGCAGUCCAGGUUUGCUUAAGGUGAACGUCACAAACUGGUGGUCAGACAUUUUCACUCAGACGUUUCUGUUAGAAGGCGUUAGAGUCAUCGUAGAGACUUGUUGUUUUUCUUGUAAGGCUUUUUGUUUUAUGCGAGGGGUAGCAAGAUGAACACUUUUCACUUUUCUCUUGUCAAUCCACAGAGUAUUUUCCCUCAAUGAAACUUCAAUUCAUCAAGAUGUUUUUGGGGCCAGUGUAAGAGAGGCAUUCGUCUUCUUUUUGGUUAGCAGGCAUUUUGUUUGCCUGAGAACUUUUCAAUGUUUGCCUUUUUUUUAAUACAAUUAGUCACAAGAGUGCCUGGUGACUAAUUCUGUCCAAAGAGAGCUCCUCAUAUGGUGUUGUUUUUCUUUUGUUUUUGGCUACUCCUCCCAAGGGCUUAGGGACUAUUGUCACCACUGAUAGAUAAAAGCAGCUUUGGAUAGAUGUUUUUCUCUAGCAGAAAACUGCUCUACUUAUUCACUGAGUUUAUGUCACUGGUAUUAUUUUAGCAUUUAGGUGUGACAAACAAGGAGAAUCAGAAGAAAUCUGUAAGACAAGCAAAUACAUUCUCACAGCAAUGUAGAUGUUUAUUCUGUAGUACCAAUCAAUUAUAUCCACCUUUAGACUCCAUGUGUACCUCCUGUUUUUAACAGGGAAAUUGUUUGUCUGAAGCAACCGAGCCUUAUAAAUCUUUGCAUUUUUCAUAAAGUUAGCUGAAAAAUAUUAUAAAACAAGCUUUUUUAUUAUUAUUUUUGAGUGUAACAUGUUUACAAACGUAUUAACUCUCAUUAUGUUUUCUUUAAUAGCAUUUCACUCCUCAGUAUGAGAAAAUGUAAAGUGAAUCAAAUUUAUACAGAUUUCUGAUCAAAGAUUUGCCUCAAGAGCAUGUUAGAAUUUGCACAACAGUUAGUUUCAUCAUUGACUAUUGAUUUAGGUGAGAAAUAAUCAUUGCUGGCUCGUGUUGGAAUACAUGAAAAGUUAUGGAAUAUUUCUGAAGUGAUUUCCAGGUGAGGAUAAUUAUCUAGGAUGUUUUCCUUGUUAAAGAAAUGUGAAACUCUGUGAGCUAUCAGUAUUUUAAAAAAAUAUAAUGAAAGUAAAUGCACUUUUAAAGAGAAACUUUUACUUAUCUUGUAAUUUAGUACAUGGAAUAACCAAGGCUACUAUAUUUUUUUGGGAAUUUGGGGGAUUUUUAAUUCUGUGGCAUCUCACCACCUAAAGAUAUCAAAAAUACCAUGUGUGCCACUAGAUACAUACAAUCCAAAUCUAUCAGCAAAGACCCAAUAAUGUUACUUAAUCUCAUGCUACCCUAUGCUGACACUUUGUCUGUACCGAUGAAGAUGAACUCUCCUCGGCAUGUAGAAUGCUUGGAGUGGCUGACACAUUAGGAGAGUCGGACCUAGUUUUAAACUCGUUCUGCUAAUUAUUUAGCCAUUUGAGGGACAUUCAGACUAGAGUAUUAAACCAAAAUCAGCCCAAGAUGGUCAGACAAAGAAAUGGAAAGAAAGUUUACUCUGUUUGCUCUUAUGCAGGCUUAUGCUGUAAAUUUUGCAAUCUUCAUCCCAAAAUACAUACAAACAUUUUCACAUUUUGUCAAAUACAACAUAUUUAACAAAAUGAGUUCAGUUUUUCCACUCACAUUUAAUACUCGCAUUUAACGAGCAGACACGCUUCCACUUUAAUCAAAGAUUAAAUGAUAUUAUAUUUAAGCUUCUUUAAUGGGACAAAAGAAGCCAUUAGCUAAUAUGGCUUCUUUUAUUCCAUUAAAGAAGCUAAUUACUUCUUUAAUGGGAUAAAUCCUUGACAAACGCUCGUAAUGAUGAGUUACAAUGAGCACUGGACAGCAAAUAGCUUUUUCUGAACUUACUUUUAAAACUCUUAGAAAUGGAGUUCAGGCAGGACCACGUUAUUUGCUGUAAGGUGAAACAAGCAGGUGUUUUAGAGUCGGAAAAAGAUGUUUACUGACCAACGUUAUGGUGGCGACGACGGCAGUUGGAGUUGGCCCUGCAAUCAGUGGGUCACUAGUUUGAUGUCUGGUUCUGUCCUUGGGCAAGUCGCUACACCCACCUUCCCUGCUGGCGUUGAUCAGCAGGGCAGAUGGCACAAUAUAGCAGCCUUGCUUCUGUCAGACUGCUGCAGGGCAGCUGUGGCUACAAUCUAGUAGCUGACCAUCAGUGUGUGAAUGAAUGGAAAUGACUGAUCUCAUUGUAAAGCAUCUUUUAGAGACCUGGAAAGCUCUAUAUAGGUCCGAUUUUAUUUCUUACUUCCUCUUAGGAAAUCAAGUUAUUUGAGCAUCAACGCAAUGUUUUAUCCUCAGACCUUUAAAUAAUGUUUCGUGCAAAUCAGAAUUUCUUUGAUAUAAGUUUGCCAAGACUGUUAAUUUCCCCUUACUGUUGCUUAUAAUUUUUUAAAUAAAGCAUUUUAUAUUUAA